AUGUUCCUCGUUGUCGCCAUCCUCGGCAUUAUCCAGCCUGUUUUCGUCAAUUCUACAUCUCCCUAUCAAGAUAAGCAUUCCGCCGUCGGCCCUGCGAUCGACUUCAGCAACCGCUUCGUCGGCCGCUUCAUCCGGGAGUUCAUGCACAGGGAUAAGAAAGAGAUCAAACCUAGCGUACAUGCAGAACGUAACGUUCGUACGGCGAGAGGGAUCGCCCAUCAAGAUCUCAAACCCGAAAACGUCCUUUUGACACGCGGUAACCCCCUCACUGCCAAAGUCGCUGACUUUGGUCUUGCUAAGGUCGCCGACAGCAAAACAUUCUUGAAGACACGAUGUGGCACUGAAGCUUAUGUCGCUCCCGAAGUUCUUAUCCGAAAGGACCAGGACCCUUAUAGCGAUCUCGUAGACGCCUGGAGUGUCGGCGUCAUUGCGUUUUACAUGCUAACAGGGGAGAACCUGUUUAUUGACGAUCAUUCAAUCAAGAAUGUCAAGAAACGUAUCUCAAGACGUCGAAUUUGGUGGCCUUACCUCAGAGGCGUGAAUCCCAGCAACAAUGCCAUGAAUUUGAUUGCAGGUCUGCUUCAGCGUGCAAAUGAUGGAAGCAUGUCGGUGUCAGAAGCCAGAGACCACCCUUGGUUUGUUGAAUUCGGACCCUUAGCCCCGCAAAGCAAGAAUCCCGAGCAAACCAUCACGCGCGCCUCGACUUCGACAACAGUCGCGGACCUCCACAACAUCGCAACAGUUCCGGGUCUGUUGCACAAUGUUACCGUUUCAGACGUCAACGAUUGCACGGAACAUGUCAAGGAUGAGUCAGAUGGAAGCUUAGACGAGCCCGCUGACGAGACGAAGGACAUUGACACUAGAAAACGCUCUUGGGUGGCCAAUGCUCUCCCGGCUCCUCAGGUCGGAUUCAAGAAAUGGAAGUCGAUUUAA